UUUCCAUCGUCGGCAUGGGUGGUUCGGGCAAAACCACACUUGCCAACAAAGUCUACAAUAGCCAAGCCGUCAAAGAUCAUUUUCGGUGUCGGGCAUGGAUAAAUAUGUCACAAUCGUAUACAGCUAGAGAACUCUUGACCAAUAUCAUGAAGCAAACUCUGAACAUAGAGAACAAUCAAAUUAGGGAAAUGGCUGAACAAGAGGUGAAAAACAAGAUCAGGGAGCAUUUAAAAGGAACAAGGUAUCUGGUGGUGAUGGAUGAUAUCUGGAAGGUAUCAGAUUGGGAAACAAUCAAUACAGCCUUUCCCGAAGAAUUCACAGCAUCUCGAGUACUGCUCACCACACGUAAAAUGGAUGUUGCCGAAACUGCAGACCCGGACAGCCCUCCGCACCAUCCCAAACUUCUCGAGUGGGAGGAAAGUUGGAAUUUGUUCAGCAAAAAAGCAUUUUCUAAUGCAUGUUGCCCACCUCAUUUGCAGCAUUUUCAGGAUAAAAUCAUCCAAAAAUGUGGCGGAUUACCUCUGGCGAUCGUGGUUUUAGCCGGGUUGCUACGGAGGAAGCAUGGAGCUUAUGAGUGGAGCCAAACCUUGGAACGUAUUUCUCAUGCACCUAACCAAACCGAUGAUCAAACUCACAAAAUAUUAGCUCUCAGUUACAAUGAUCUACCUCAGCAUCUCAAGUCUUGCUUUCUUUAUUUUGCUGCAUUCCCGGAGGACUACGACAUCGGCGCUGAUAGGUUGAUGCGUUUAUGGAUUGCCGAGGGUUUCGUAGGAUCAGACCAGGAGGGUCAAACAAUGGAGGACCUGGCAGAGAUGUAUUUGAUAGAGCUUAUCAACAGGUGCAUGAUACAGGUGGAAAGAAGGAAUGAGAUUGGGAGUGUGGUAUCUGUUCGAAUCCAUGAUCUACUGCUAGACCUGGCUCGUUAUGAAUCUAGAAAACUCAAUUUUUGCAGAUCCAUUAGCGACAAAGGCGAUUCAACUGAUGUACGACGUCUUAGUAUCACAGAUGAUGAAGGCGUGCAUCGAUAUACAUCACUCGGUUUCUCUAUCCCUAAACUACGGUCGCUUCUUUUCCUCCUUACAUAUGAUGUCGAUAUGCCAAGCAAAUCUAUGAUUCAUGGAUUCAAGUUUCUCAGGGUGUUGGACCUCCAGUUUGUAUCCAUUAGAAGCUUACCAAGUGAGAUCGGAGACUUGAUCCUAUUGAGGUACUUAAACCUG